AUGGUACAGCACACUCCCAAGACUACGGUUCACCAGCUCGCACAAGAGUAUGCACCCAUCAUCAAGGGCAAGACCAUCCUUACAACAGGUGCAAGCCUAGGUGGUCUCGGUGCACUCUUUGUAGAAGCUAUUGCAGUCGCAGAACCUGGACUAGUUAUUCUAGCUGGUCGGAGUGUUAGCAAGCUUCAACAGACUGUAGACAACCUUGCUGCCAAGUAUCCCAACCUCAAGACGAAACUUUUGACUAUCGAUCUUGGUUCUCUUCGUUCUGUUCGUGCAGCUGCAGAAGAGGUCAAUGGAUGGUCGGAUGUUCCUAAGGUUGACGUCUUGGUUAACAAUGCAGGGAUUAUGGCAACGGAUUUUAAGCUGACAGAGGAUGGGUUCGAAAAUCAAUUUGCUUCGAACCAUCUUGGCCACUUCUUGUUUACAAAUCUGAUCAUGGAUAAGAUCCUUGCUUCAGAGACGCCUCGGGUGAAUGGUGAAAGAUACAACAAGUGGAGUGCCUACGGGCAGUCAAAGACAGCAAACAUGCUGUUUGCCAUCUCUCUCGCUGAGAAGCUAGGCAGUCGCGGACUUCAAGCGUUCUCGCUUCAUCCUGGAGCAAUCCUUGAUACUUCUUUGGCCAAACAUCUCGAUACCUUGGAUAGUUUGGUCGAAGCUGAUCGUGCAAUGGGAGACCCCUGGGGUUGGGUAGAUUGGUCUACUGUCCCAGUUUCCUCCGACGUCGGCGCUGCAACACACGCAUUUGCCGCGUUCGAUCCUGAUCUCAAAGAACACAACGGUGCAUAUCUGCUUGAAUGCCGUCUUGCAGACCUUAUGACUGAUACGGUCAGACCAUGGGCUACAAGUUCAACGGAAGCAGAGUUACUUUGGAGAAAGAGUGAGGAGAUGGUUGGACAAAAGUUCGCAUAUUAG